UAUUUGGACAAGUCUUUGUAGAAAUAUCUUUCUCAAGGUGCCUGUUUUUUUAAACCAUCCCACAAAGAGUUAAUGCAUGUCUCUAGAGGAUACCUGACCAUUAGCAACUUCAUAAUACAUAUUUGGAUGUCACCAGCAUUUCCCAUGUUAACAGUUCUGAGCAUGUUUUACUAUAUAUAUCUUCGGCGCCGAGCCAGGACAGCUACAAGAGGAGAACUGAUGAACAAUCGGAGAGCCAUUGAAUCAAGCAGGCCCUUACCCAUCAAUGUUGAAUUAGUCCAGUAUGCCAAAGAAGUUUUGGAUUUUAGUUCGCAUUAUGGUAGUGAAAACAGUAUGUCGUACACCAUGUGGAAUUUGGCUGGAGCUCCUAACGUGUACCCUAGCUCUGGUGAUUUUACACAAACUGCUGUAUUUAGAACUUAUGGAACUUGGUGGGAAUUGUGUCCUAGUGCUCGAUUACCAUUUAUGAGAACACCACCUAACUUCCAUAGUCAGGACUACGUAGAGCUUGCUUUUGAGGAUCCAGUUUAUCCUACAGCAAUACAUGUUCUGGAAACUUACCACCCUGGUUCUGUCGUUAGGAUUUUGGCAUGUUCUGCAAAUCCUUAUUCCCAAAAUCUGCCUGCUGAUGUAAGGUGGGAAGUCCUUUGGUCAGAGGCACCUACCAAGGUGAAUUCACCUCAGGCACGGCAGUUUACACCUUGUAUCAAACAGAUCAACUUUCGUACAAACCUGAUUCGCCUGGAACUGAAUAGUUCCCUUCUGGAGUAUUACACUGAAUUGGAUGCAGUAGUACUACAUGGUGUGAGAGAGAGGCCUGUGCUUUCACUUAAUACUUCAAUGAUUGCUAUGGAUGAUCUUGAUGAUGAAGAUGGAGAGAGAGAUGAUGGCUUGGAUUGUCUGAAUAAGCAGUUUAGUGCUACUGCCUUCAGGGAAUCAACAACUAAUGGAUAUUUCGAUAAAUUACCUUAUGAGCUCAUCCAGUUGAUUUUGAGUCACCUUACAGUUCCAGAUUUGUGUAGUCUAUCUCAGACGUGUAAGCUACUCUAUCAGCACUGCUGUGAUCCUCUACAGUACAUUCACCUCAGCCUGCAACCUUAUUGGGCAAAGAUAAAUGACACAGCUCUGAAAUGCCUACAGCCUCGCUGUGUCCUUGUCCAGUGGCUGAAUUUAUCGUGGACUGGGAACAGAGGAACAAUUUCUGUUUCUGCAUUUAGCAGGUUUCUGAAAGUUUGUGGUUCAGAACUGCUACGUCUGGAGUUGUCUUGUGGCCAUUUCCUCAAUGAGACUUGCUUAGAAGUUAUUGCUGAGACAAGUCGGAAUCUUCAGGAAUUAAAUCUCUCCUCCUGUGAUAAGCUGCCACCUCCGGCUUUCAACCACAUUGCCAAAUUGUACAACCUUAAACGUCUAAUUCUUUAUCGAACAAAGGUAGAGCAAACAGCAGUGCUCAGCAUUCUAAACUUCUGUUCAGAGCUUCAGCACCUCAGCCUGGGUAGCUGUGUAAUGAUUGAUGACUAUGACACAGUAGCUAGUAUGAUGGGAGCAAAAUGCAAAAAGCUUCGUACACUGGAUUUAUGGAGAUGUAAAAACAUUACUGAAAAUGGAAUAGCAGAGUUAGCUUCUGGCUGCCCGCUGAUGGAGGAGCUUGAUCUUGGCUGGUGCCCUACGCUUCAGAGCAGCACUGGCUGCUUUGCAAAACUGGCACGUAAACUCCCAAACUUGCAAAAGCUCUUUCUGACUGCCAACAGGUCUGUGUGCGACUCUGAUAUAGAAGAACUUGCUGCUAACUGUACUAAUCUCCGUCAGCUUGAUAUAUUGGGAACAAGAAUGGUAAGCCCUGCAUCUUUAAGAAAAUUGCUGGAGUCUUGUAAAGAUCUUUCCUUACUUGACGUAUCCUUCUGUUCACAAAUUGAUAAUAGAGUUGUCCUAGAACUGAAUGCCAACUUUCCUAAUGUGUUCAUCAAAAAGAGUUUCACCCAGUGACUCAG